AUGUGCGAGCUACAAAUAACCAGAUACAAGUGCGGCCACACAGAUAGCUUGAAAAAGUAUUGCCCACAUGCCUUCGACGCCUGCCGCUUCGGAAUUGCAGCACGACUAUGCGCAAUUACCAGUAUUACGAGAUACAAUAGCCCCGACUGCUGUUACGACCCCAAGUGCCUCUACUGCCUCUGGCAAAAGCGAUGGGUCUGCCACAAGUGCAAGAGCCCUAAUAAGAACACCCCGACGUGUGAGCUUACCGGAUGUAAUCAUCCAGCCUGCACCAGCUGCGAACCUUUGGUUUCUACCUCACCGAAUAUAGCACAGAAGGAGACUCGGAAAGCUAAGCGAGACAAGCCAGCUGGGCCGCCAAAGUUCAAUAGGAAGAAGUACGUCGUUCAGGCUGUCGCGGCAUACAAGCGGCGGCAACGCAAACUUCCCAGGGUCCCAGUCUAUGACCCCAAGGUUGGAGACUGGGUCUAA